GCGCGGCCUCUCCAAACCGUGCGCUCUUGGCGAGGUGGCGACUGUUGCGCGCUGUGCUCUGACCAAGUUCAUUGUCUGCUGGGGCGAUGCGUUCGUGGGCGCUGCUGGUGCUGAGCGCGGCGGGGCUGGCGGCCGCCGCCGCCGCUCCGCCUCCUCCUCCUGCUGCCGGUUCUUCCAGGAAGGAGCGCGCCUCCAAGGCAGCCUCUUGGGACGAGGUGAACGUCUUGGCGCACGGGCUCCUGCAGCUGGGCCACGGCUUGCGGGAGCACGUCGAGCGCACCCGUGGGCAGCUGCGCGAGAUGGGCGGCCGCCUGAGCGCGCACAACGCCUCGCUCGGCAGCCUGGAGCGCUCCGCCGACGAGCAGCGGCAGCAGCUGGGGCGAGCGCAGCGCCUCCUCGACGGGCGCCUGGACGACCUCUCUAGCCGGCUCGGCGCACUCGCCGGCGACCUGGCGGCGCACGAGGAGGCGGUGCGGGAGCGCCUGGAGCGCCUCGAUGGGCAGCUGCUGCGCCAGGUGGGCGCCGAGAACGCCAGCGGCAGCCCUCGAGGGAGCGGACAAGCGGCGGAGCUGGGCGACCUGCAGAAUUUGAUGAGUCGUCAGAACCUGAAGAUUGAGGAGCUGUUCCAUAAGAUUAAGCAGCAGCAGUACAGAAUGGAUAAACAGAACUUGCAGAUCAAAAGUCUUCAGAGCAAGGUCAACAUGCUGAUUCCUUUGCACGUCCGAGAGAACGAAACGCAGGGUCCGAAAUGGAAAGCGAGUGUUCAGCGAAAUGUGGACCGAUCCGGCAACCACAGCCAAAGUCCCCGGCCAAAGUCCCCGGUGAUGUCGAAGUUCCCAGCAAGCUGUCACCAGCUGUUUCUGGAAGGAGAACAAACCAGUGGUGUUUUCCAGAUCCAGCCCCCUGGAUCCCAGGUUUUUGAAGUCUUCUGUGACAUGACUCCAGAUGGUGGAGGCUGGACGGUGAUUCAGAGACGCCUGGAUGGCUCUGUUGAUUUUGACCAGCUGUGGGAAGCUUAUAGAAAUGGAUUUGGGAAUAUGAGCGGCGACUUUUGGCUGGGCUUGGAAAAGGUCUACCAGAUCACGAAAGAUGGCCGGUUCCACCUCUCGAUCGAACUUCAGGACUGGGAGGGCAGCUCAGAGAGGAUCCAGUUCCUUUUCAGCCUGGGGGGAGAAGACACAGCUUACACUCUCAGCCUCCUGGGCCCCAUCCUCGGGCAGCUGGAGAAUGCCAUGGGCGACUUCCCACAGCUGCCCUUUUCCACGCGGGAUCAGGACCAUGACCUCAAGGGCGAUGCCAACUGCGCCAAGCACCUCUCAGGAGGCUGGUGGUUCAGCAGUUGUGGCCACGUGAACCUCAACGGAAAAUACUUCCGCUCUAUCCCGCGCCAGAGGCACGAGAGAAAGCAAGGCAUCUUUUGGAAGACUUGGAGAGGGCGGUAUUACCCUCUGAAGUCCACCACGAUGAAGAUCCGGCCUGCGGAGAUGGGCCCGGCACCCUAAAAUGCCCAGGAGAUCGCAGGAGAGAGUCUGGGUGGCCCUCCGUAUUCCUGCCGUGCCGCCGAGAUACAGCUUCAGCCCGUCGCUCCUGUCCGGGACGAUUUGUGGGGGGUCUCUGUCGGCUUCCAGUUGAAAGCCUUCCUUUUGCAAGAGUUUGUGUUGGGGUGGGCAAAGCAACGACUGUCAUCUUCGCGUUGGGAGAGCGGCACAGGGGACCGCUUGGGUGGGUGGGAAAGGAACGGGUAUCAGGAGUCACCUCAUGGGCAUGCUGGGCGCUGGCAAGAAAUGGCAGUUCAGCAUCUUUGAGGUCUGGUGUUAGCUUGAAGGCCAGCUGGGAUGAGAUCUUGGGCAUCUGGUCUUCUCUAGUGCCAUCGUGUGAUAAAAUUGGGCUUCUUGCUAGCUCCGGCAGAGAUUUGUGCUGCCCACAUGUCUUUAUACCCACUCCCUUACGCCUCGAAAUGAGGAAGGCCGCCUUCUCCCGUGGAAUGUCCCAAAACAUUUUGGUACCAACAGAAGGAGGGGGGUUGCCCUGGACAAAGGGUCCCCCCCCAAGGGGCUUCUCCCUCUCCAUGGCAGUAGCCAGCAGGACUCUCUGCUGCCACUCUCAUUUCCCACAAUGCCCCCUGCGGUAGCAUCUCUCUGGGGCAUUCUGGGAAAUUUAAAUGGUUACUAGUCCUGGCGACAGGCUGGAUAUUUUCUUUUUUAAGGGUUUAUUUUUUGGGAGGGGGACAAAGCAAGGAUUGGCUCGCUGGUGAUUGUUCAGAUUGUGCGUACCAACGGCAUAUCCUUGGCUGAUUAAAUAUGUAGUUGUGAUUGAGCCUUGGGGUGUCCUAAAAUCGGACCACCCUCCCCAGGCGUCCCUCGUGGCAAAUUGUGCUUGGGUCCGUCCUUCACUGAUUGGCACAGGGUUUGGAAGGAUGGAGCCACUGCGAAGGGCAUUGGGCUGACGCUGGUUGGGGGAGAAAGUUGGGCAGGGCGGCACCUCCUCCCUCACCCAAGGAGGAGACAUUGGUCCUGUUGCAAACUGCACCUUCACGCCUCCCCGGUUGCUGUUGUGUCCAACCGCCCCUUCCCCAUUCCUUCCUCGUCCGUUUUUUUUAAGUCAUAUUGACUCAAGUUUUGCUCCAGUGUUUAGCUGCUUAUUCUUGUACAUAUUAGCAGUUGUGCUAGUUGGUGUGUUGUUUUUAAGAGUGCUUUUAUCCUGGUCUUUCUUUUUUUAUUGUGGUUUUAAAACGAAGCAUUGGUGAGUGAUGUGGUUAUAACUUAUAAACGUUGCCUUGGAAGAGGCACCAGUAAGAUGUGGGAGGGUGGGGGAGAGUUGAUUUCUGCUCUUAAUUUCUCUCUCUCUGUCUCUUUUUAUACUUUAAAUGUGUGACUCUUUGGUCAGUGAAAUGUCUUUUUAAUAAAACCUGUGAACUGGU